AUUUUUGGGGGUUGCAGUAAACUGCAGCUGCACUGCGUAUAACCUUGUACGGCGAAGUAACGGUUGUCAUAAACAAGAUAAUUAAAUCUUGUGUAAUAUUCAUUGUAAUCGUGUUCUUAGUUAUUGCAAAUUGGAUUUUCUCGUGAAUAUUUUAUAAAUUUAUUUACCUAACCGUAGUCAAAAACCUCAAAUUCAUAAUGGAAGAACAGGAUAUGCCAACAUUCAAGUGUGUGCUGGUUGGAGAUGGUGGUACCGGCAAAACUACAUUUGUCAAACGACAUCUUACCGGAGAAUUUGAAAAGAAGUAUGUUGCCACCCUUGGAGUUGAAGUUCACCCUCUUGUAUUUCACACAAACAGAGGUGUGAUUAGGUUCAAUGUGUGGGACACAGCUGGCCAGGAAAAGUUCGGUGGACUUCGUGAUGGAUAUUACAUUCAGGGACAAUGCGCCAUCAUUAUGUUUGACGUAACGUCAAGAGUCACCUACAAGAACGUUCCCAACUGGCACAGAGAUUUAGUGAGGGUUUGCGAAAACAUUCCCAUUGUACUAUGCGGCAACAAAGUAGACAUCAAGGACAGGAAAGUCAAGGCCAAGAGCAUAGUCUUCCAUAGGAAGAAGAACCUUCAGUACUACGACAUCAGUGCGAAAAGCAACUACAACUUCGAGAAGCCGUUCCUGUGGUUGGCAAAGAAGCUGAUCGGUGACCCCAACCUGGAGUUCGUCGCCAUGCCCGCCCUCCUCCCUCCCGAGGUCACAAUGGACCCCCAAUGGCAGUCGCAGAUCGAAAAAGAUCUCAAGGAAGCUCAGGCCACCGCCCUUCCCGAGGAUGAUGAAGAUCUGUAGAAUGUUUAACAUCAUUUUGGACACUAAUGUGAAACUUGAGUUACGUGAUUUAAAUGAAAAUCAACCGUGCGAACUUGUUUUAUUUACGUUUUAAGUUGUGCAUAAUCCUGUUUGAACAAUUUUUUUUAUCUAGUUAUUACAAAAAUGCGUUUACUCUUGAAAUAGUUCAGUCUAAUCUAAUAAUGUGAAGCCAUAUUCGCUGUUAAAUAAAUGUUUACUGGAACUUGAUUACAAUAAUUAAAUCUCUGACAAGUAA